GUAAGAAAUCAUGCGAAAUUGUUUUAUUCUAUAAUUUUAAACUUUUAACUUUUAAUAAAAUAGAAAAUAGUUAAAUUUAUUAUAAUGGGGAAAAAUAAUAAGAAAGGACCAAUAGCCAAUGUGUUUAAAGUGGCAGGAGCAAAAAGCCUAAAGAAAACUAAAGCUAAAGCAGUGAAUUUGGGUUUAAAAAAUUUAAAGCAGAAGGUCGUCGAUUUAGAUAAGCAGUUUUUAAAUGAUAAAAAGAAUCCUGCAACCAAUAAUAAUGCAAAACCAAAAGUGGCACCCAUUGAGAAAAAAAUUGAACAGAAAGUGACAAAAGAGGAUGUUGCAAAUACUACAGUGAAAAUUGAUAAGAUGGACAUAUUAUGAUCAAAUUUCUGAAAAC